AAGAAGACUUCUCCCGCGUACUCACCGAUAUCAUCAUCUCCUCAACUUCACCAAUCACACUAGAGCUACCCUCUUUACCAAGACGGUAUGGGAAAAAAUGGGCAAGUCCCUGCACAAUCUUUUCAUCUACUCGAGCUUCUUUUUCUCUGUUUUUAUCUCUUUGUUCUUCUCUUUCUUUCCGCCACACCUGGCUGAAGAUACAUGUAGUAUUUUAUAUGCCCAUAGCUAGAAAAUCCACUGCUCAAAAUACCAUUGUGACUUUUUACUCUAGAUGAAACCCUAGGAUUCCCAGUGCCCAGAUCACAGGGAGGCAACUUCAAACGGUGAGAAAUCAAAAUCUAACAAUUUCUUUAAAAUUCAUAAUCCAUUCAAGUUGUGGUUCACUGAAUAAUUCAGAACUUGAAGAUCAUGAACGUGUGGUUCGACUCUAUUGCCACCCGGCAAGACAUAUUGGGCCUCGUGGGCCCAAUAAGUCAAAGAAAACAGUAGACGUGUCCAUAGAAUAGUAAUGAAGGCGCAUCCAUAACUAUGGUGCUCAGUCGCACGACAUAGAACCUUCUCUCUCCUAGCCUAGGUCCUGCUCUCUAGCGCUGAUGAGACACUUUAUGUUUUUUCAUCAAGUUCUGGAGAGGGAAAAACAAACAUAGAAUUGGAAUCUGUUAGGAUUUGACAGUUAGUUGAAAAAUCAAACAAGAUGGAAGAGGAAUUACGGCUUCCAGUAAGGUUGAUGAAUUUCGUAUCCGAGGAACAGUUGGAUGAAGCAAAGAAAUCAAGGGGUGAGCGAGUUGAGGAUGGUACUGCCCAGAGAGACAGGCCCCUCUUCGAGAUUUUAAAGGAGAAUAAGGACAAGAAGGAUGCUGAAUUUAAUGAACGACUCAAGCAUAGACCACCGAAAGCUUUGGAUGAAGAUGAGACUGAGUUUCUUGAUAAUUUAGAAAUGUCAAAGAAGGAAUAUGAGCAGCAGAUAGCAGAUGAGGAAGCCCGACAGCUUCGGAGUUUCCAAGCAGCAGUUGCAGCUCAGUCAUUCAGUGUGGAUGAUUUGAAGGAAACACCACUUGUUCCUCCAGUCCCGGAGCAAAAAUCAAUUGGGAGGAAGAAUCCACCUGCUCGCCCAUUAAGUAUGAUUAUCAAAGUCAAACCUCAGGCGAAGAAAGCGAAGAUGGACCUGGGAAAUGUCGAAGAACAUUUAGAGAUAGGGAAAACUCCCGAUUUUAAUAUGGAAAAAUCUUCAGACACGGUGAAAGUACCUAGCAAUGAUGUUGCUAAAACUGGCCUUGUUUCAUACAGUGAUGAAAGUGAAGAUGAUGAUUAGUAGUUUUUGCUAAAGAUACCUUGGAUAUUUAUUAUCACUUGAUUGAAUUUCGUUUA